GCAGAGGGAGGUGCUGACACCCCCGGUGGUCUGGAGGUCCAAGGCAGGAGCCGAGAACCUGCACCUAACCUUUCCCCAGCAGUGGAGACUUGCAAAUGUUGAACCAGUAUCUAAGCUGGGCCCCACCCAGAUGUAGGCAUAGGAGCUGGGCAGGAAGCAAGCUCUGGAGCUGGGCCUUCCCUGGUUCCUUUCCCAACAGCUAAGAGCAGCAGGGGGAGGAAUCACUCAGCAGUGACACCUACCUUGGAUCUAUUGGCUGACCUGAGUAUCCACAGAUCUCCAGCGCCAGGGGAGGGACCAGAAUCUGCUAUCUCUGUAGGAACAAUUGAUCAACCUCCCUUCCUCUCCCAGGGGCCCAGCGGAGGCGCCCUCCUGAGGCACCGCCGCCCAUGUGGACCACCUGCCUGCCGAUGUCAUGAGUAACACGACAGUGCCCAAUGCCCCCCAGGCCAACAGUGACUCCAUGGUGGGUUAUGUGUUGGGGCCCUUCUUCCUCAUCACCUUGGUCGGAGUGGUGGUGGCUGUGGUAAUGUAUAUCCAGAAGAAAAAGCGGGUGGACCGCCUUCGCCAUCACCUCCUCCCCAUGUAUAGCUACGACCCUGCGGAGGAGCUGCACGAGGCAGAGCAGGAACUUCUCUCUGAUGUGGGAGACCCCAAGGUGGUACACGGCUGGCAGAGUGGCUACCAGCACAAGCGGAUGCCCUUGCUGGAUGUCAAGACCUGACCCCUUUGCACUGACCUACAGAACCCUUAGGGUGGGUCUUGCGGCUGCCUCAAGCACUGGGCCUUCAAUUCUCCUUCCCCCACUUAGCCGCCAACCUUGUGAACUAGGCCUACACCCAAUCCCCAGGCACUUUCCCCUUCUAG